AUGUAUCAGAACGACAAAGAUAAAGGAUUUCAAAUCUUACCCUCCACUCUUAAAAACCAACCAAACAACACUUAUGAAUCCCAAUUUAGCAUUUCAUCAUCAAACUCAAACAAUAAAUUCCUACCAAAUCUCCACUCAUAUCUACCACUCCAUGAUCUAACAUCUUUAAACACUACACUUGAUCAUACAUCUUCAUGCAACUUUAAUAAUAGGAUAAACCCUAUAAUUAUAUCUUCAAAUGAUGAACCAAACAAGGAACAAGAUGAAGAACAAGAGAUAAGAAGACUAAAGAGGAUGAUAUCAAAUAGAGAAUCAGCGAGAAGAUCUAGGCUUCGCAAACGUAAACAACUUGAGAAUCUUCAAUCACAAGUUUUGCAACUUCUUAGUGCAAAUCACCAAUUAGCUGAAAAACUUAACCUUGUUAUGGAGACUAAUUACGAGUUACUUCAGGAGAAUUCUAGACUUCGAGACGAAUCUAUUUGUUUACGAAACGAGUUGUUAAUAUCAAUGAAAUGUGAUAUGGGAUUGGAUGAUAAUGGGGUUUGUACAAAGGCUACUAAUCAAAGUCAUGAUAAUAGCCCUAAUAGUAUUACUUGUUCUAUGGAUGUUCUACACUAAAGAAUAAUGAAAAUGUUGUGUUUGUUCAUGAGGCUACCCAUUUUUGGCCUCUUUUCAUUGUGCGUGAAGAAAAUUCUUGUUGUUUGAUGUG